CCUCCCUUACGUCACACAGAAUGUGACGUGCAGUCUUCCUGUUUCCUCCAGCUGUGUCUUAAAGUAAAUCUUGUUGUAGUGCGGAGCCUCAGCUGAGCUCUGCCUGCAGAAAUAAUACAAUUACAGCCAGGCAAAGGAGAACAGCACAAAAGACCUUGCUCCCUCUCUGUGUCUUUCUGUACUCUGCCUCCUGUUUACUAUCAGUCACAUUCAAACACACACACACACACACACACACACACUGUCCUUUACUCACUCAGACACGCACACAUUCUCCCUCCCUUGUCAAAUUGUACUAUUCAUCAGCAGAUAUCCAAGGCACUGUGUUUUCUCUCACCGGCACAACGGAUCAGUUUCAUUGCUUUCACUGAGGUCCCAGGAUUCUCGAGCUGUGCCCAGCUGACAAGCUUUUGAAGAUGGCACAAUAACAGUCCAGUGAUGCCUGACCAUGACAGCACAGCCCUCUUAAGCAGGCAGACCAAGAGAAGAAGAGUUGACAUUGGAGUGAAAAGGACUGUUGGGACAGCAUCUGCAUUUUUUGCUAAAACAAGAGCAACAUUUUUCAGUGCCAUGAAUCCCCAAGGUUCUGAGCAGGAUGUUGAGUAUUCAGUAGUGCAACAUACAGAUGGGGAAAAGUCAAAUGUACUCCGCAAGCUGUUGAAGAGGGCGAACUCCUAUGAAGAUGCCAUGAUGCCUUUUCCAGGAGCAACUAUAAUUUCCCAGCUGUUGAAAAAUAACAUGAACAAAAAUGGUGGCACGGAGCCCAAUUUCCAAGCCAGUGGGCUUUCUAGCACAGGCUCAGAGAUACAUCAGGAGGAUGUGUGCAGCAACUCUUCAAGAGACAGCCCCCAAGAGUGUCUUUCGCCUUUUGGCAGGCCUACGAUGAGCCAGUUUGAUAUGGAUCGAUUGUGCGAUGAGCACCUGAGAGCAAAGCGUGCCCGGGUUGAGAAUAUAAUUAGAGGUAUGAGCCAUUCCCCAAAUGUGUCAAUGAGGGGCAAUGAAAAUGAAAGAGAGGGAGCCCCUCGGUCUAUAAGCCCCCGAGAAAGCUAUAGAGAAAACAAGCGUAAGCAAAAACUGCCUCAGCAACAGCAACAGAGUUUCCAGCAGCUGGUUUCAGCUAGAAAACAGCAGAAGCGAGAGGAGCGCAGACAGCUGAAACAGCAGCUGGAGGACAUGCAGAAACAGCUGCGCCAGCUGCAGGAAAAGUUCUACCAGAUCUACGAUAGCACUGAUUCUGAAAAUAAUGAAGAUGGAAAUCUGUCUGAAGACAGCAUGCAUUCUGAACUUAUAGAUGCUAGAGCCCAGGAUUCUGUGGGCAGGUCAGAUAAUGAAAUGUUUGACUUAGAUCCAGCACAGUUCAUUGACCGUGCAAGAGCUCUUAUCAGGGAUCACGAUAUGCCACCAGAUAAUCAUUCAAAAAGAGAGGGACCUAAAGAAAAAGAUCAUUUACACCUCCCAUUUCACCCAGAAGGCAAACAUUUGGCAGAAACACUAAAGCAAGAACUGAAUACUGCCAUGUCACAAGUAGUGGACACAGUGGUUAAAGUUUUUUCAGCUAAACCCAUACGCCAACUUCCUCAGGUCUUCCCACCCCUCCAAAUUCCUCAGGCAAGAUUUGCAAUCAAUGGUGAAAACCACAACUUCCAUACCACUAACCAACGCCUACAGUGCUUUGGUGAUGUCAUUAUUCCAAAUCCCCUCGACACAUUUGGCAGCGUUCAAAUGCCUAACUCUACAGACCAAACAGAAGCACUGCCCUUAGUUGUACGUAAAAAUUCAGUUGAACAGUCUGCCUCUGGGCCACCUCCUGGUAGUCAUCAUGCAUCACUACAUCCGUCUCCUCUCUCAGCAGCUGCCAGUUUCUCAUCAUCUUCUUUUCGACACCCUUUUCCUCUUCCUCUUAUGGCUUACCCAUUUCAGAAUCCCUUGGGUGCUCCCUCAUCAGCAUUUUCAGGAAAAGACAGGGGCUCCCCAGAAUCCCUAGAUCUAACUAGGGAAACAACAAGUCUGAGGACCAAGAUGUCAUCUCAUCACAUGAAUCAUCACCCUUGUUCUCCAGCACACCCUCCAAGCUCUACGGAAGGACUUUCAUUGUCCUUUAUCAAGUCUGAGUGCGGAGACAUGCAAGACAUGUCUGAUAUUUCACCUUACUCUGGAAGUGCAAUGCAGGAAGGACUUUCACCCAAUCACUUGAAAAAGGCCAAGCUUAUGUUUUUCUAUACACGGUAUCCAAGUUCCAACAUGCUGAAAACCUACUUCUCUGAUGUUAAGUUCAACAGAUGCAUUACCUCCCAGCUCAUCAAGUGGUUUAGCAAUUUCCGUGAGUUUUACUACAUUCAGAUGGAGAAAUAUGCCCGGCAAGCCAUUAAUGAUGGGGUCACAAGCACUGAAGACCUCUCCAUCACUAGAGACUGUGAGCUGUAUCGGGCACUGAACAUGCACUACAAUAAAGCUAAUGACUUUGAGCAGGUUCCGGAGAGAUUCCUGGAAGUGGCACAGAUCACAUUACGAGAGUUUUUUAAUGCGAUUAUUGCAGGCAAAGAUGUUGAUCCUUCCUGGAAGAAGGCCAUAUACAAAGUCAUCUGCAAACUGGACAGUGAAGUCCCUGACAUCUUUAGAUCCCCAAAUUGCCUCCAAGAGCUUCUUCACGAGUAGAUAUUUUUCCACUACUGUUCUGAAUGUAUAAUACGUACAUUUUUCCUUUUUGAAGCCCAAGGUCUGCGUGAUUGCAUGUGAGAUUAAACUGUACAAUAGUGUGUAAGUGAUAUGCACAUACCUUUUGUAAUUUCAUGUAUUUAAUUUAUAUAUUUUUUACAACAUACAAGAUGAUAAGUUGUAAUACAUUCGCCUUCAAAUGCUUACAUAAAUUAAAAAAAAAAAAAAAAACAUACUGGGAAAACUUUUUUCAGGGAGAUAAUACUGAAAUGUGUAUAAUGUACUGGGCAUUUUUAAAUGUGAUUAAAAAAAUCUACUUUUGUACUAUUAUUCUUGUCCUUCUGCAAAUAUGUAUAAUAAGCUUUUUUUUUUUUUUUUAAAUCUGUCUGGUUCACAUUUGCUUUAUUCUGUGACUAAGUCGUAACUAGCAAUUAAUACAGCACUGUGAAAGCCAGGAUGUAAAAAAUAUAUAUUUUAUUCAGAAAUAAUUUGUUAAAAUUUAAUUUGAAGGAAAAGAGAAAAAAUUGUAGCUUUCAUACUUUUAUGUACUAUGAAUUUUUUCUGCCUUUAUAUUUAAAGGCCCACUUUAAAAGAAAGAGAAAGCUUAUUAACAGAAGGACAAGCACAUUAUAGCACAAAACUAUUAAUAUAUGUACAUUGCACAAUAAAAUAUGUUCUUAUUGACAUAUGUCAUUAGCUCGAAAUAUUUUCAUCCAUAUAAUUCUACGGAGACAUUGGUUUUAGGUGCACAAUUUGAAGGUUAUAUUAAGGCUGAAACAAGCAAGGAUCUUGAAUCUUAAAAAAAAUAUGAUGUGCUUGUUAGUGUUCAUUGAGAGAACAGACUUUGUAAAGCUUUCCUGCAACAAGAUAUUGCACAAAAUGUGUUUUGCCUUUCCAGAGCAUUGGAGUGCAGUGAAAUAUUGCAAGCGUCACUCCAGUUAUGCGUGGAACACUUAUUCAUCUCAAGUCAAAAACUUUAAUUUUGCUGCUAACACCCUCCACUAAAUAUGGGAUUAAGGAACAAAAUACCCAUAUGCUAAAUCACUUGAAAGUGAUGCAGCAUAACUGUAAAAAGUUAACAAGAAAAUAUCACAUAAACAUCUAUAUUUAAAAAGAGGAAUAUAUUUGAGCUCACAAUUUCUUCAGCUCACAAUAGUAAGUGAUCUAUGAACAGUUAUCCUUUAGCUACUGUCCAGUAGCUGCAGGUGUGAAAGAAAAAAAAAACUAUUUGGCAUCAGCAGUGCGGAGGUCAUGCUUUUCCUUACUGUGAUCUCAUGAGAUUUCACUGAAAUCUUACAAGAUUUCAUAGUAAACUUCCUUAAACAGAGUAGAGAAAUAACAUGACUGUGCCUGCACAAGCCAGAUGCACGCUCCUUUGCAAGUCCUGGGACUAACAUCUUGAUUGGCUGUUUAAAGUUUCUUUACAAUGGGAUGUGGCUACUGAGGAAAUUUUGAGGUAAAAUAUCUUCCUUUUUUAAAAAGAGAUGUUCAGGUGAUAUUUUCUAGUAUUUUUUUUUCAGUUAUGCUACAUCACUUGCAAUUGCUUCAAAGUUUGGGUAUCAUGUCCCUUUAAACUAUUAUUGUAAUUGUUUUCCAUGUUUCAUUAGUGAAUGUUAAAGUAGGCUGGUAAUACAAAUUAGCAGCACUAUUUUGUAGUCAAUCCGCAACAUAUAUUUUUAGUUCUAAAGGAUAAGGUAAACUAACAAAAGAAUACAGAAAACUAUAGAUGUUAUUUUAAAAUAAAAAACAGUAUUCCAUUUUUCCACUUCCUUUGGAAAAUAAGGCAGGGGAACUACUUAUUUUGAAAUAGAUUUACUUUAAUUGUUCUUGAACCCAUAAUAUAAGUUUUCAAACAUUAAGAAAUUCAGUUCUGUACAUUUGCUUGAAAUAAUUUACUUUAUAUUCAUUUAUAGCACUAAUAUAUUUUGCCAUUAUUCAGGAUAUCUGUAUAUGUAACACUAUUAAUUUAUUUUCAAUUACUAUGACAUAUUUGCCUCAACAUCAAAGAGAUCUAUUAACACUUCAUUAUUUGUCUUGUUAUAUCUUAAACACUAGCAGUUCUAUAUACAUUACUUAUAAUAUAAUUAUUGGAACCAUAUACCAUUUUACUUAGAUGAGUGAGAUGCAUAGCUGUCCCAAUUUUAAAUGCUGAUCUUACAUUUUGAAAAGCCACUUAAUUUUUUAUAAUAUAGAGACAUUUUAUUAAAUUUCACCCCCUUCAAAGAAGUCAGGUUAUUUCACAUGAAAAGAAAAUUUUGGAAAUGCAAAACUUGUUUUUAAUUUUUUUUAUUUAAACAUUAGCGUUCUCUAGUAAAUAAACUGAACUCUCCCACCUUCAGUGGAAUUUAUUAUGCUUUGGACUCUGUUACGCUUUAUGAAUAUUUUAUUUUCCUUAAAUAAGAAAAUGAGGAUACAAAUACAAGCAAAAUAAAGUAGUUGUCACACUUAUUUUAAAGUGCUUCUGUUUAAAUUAUUAGCUGUUCAUUAUAUUUAAAAAUAUCACAUGGACCAAUAUAGAUUUUUUAACAUAAAACAAUAAACUUUGUAGUUUAAACUAAAUUUAAACUAUGAACCAGUUUUAGACCAAUAUAAGACAAUAUCACUGUAUUUAAAAAUAAAUAUGGUGUUUUAGUGCAAAAAUAUAUAUAUUUUUAUUGUAAAUUUAAUUUAUAUAUAGUUAGUAGACCUUUGAGGUGAUCAAUAUGGAAAACUGGUGAGAUUCACAUAAAUUUGUCUGAUUGAUAUUUGUCAAAGCCUCUGGAAAAUCUGUCUUUUCUUGGCCACAUAAAGAAUAAAUAUAUAGAGGUUUAUCAUUAUAAAGGGUCCCUUUAAUCCAUAUUUUAAUUUUUCUCCACAUUUUGCACAAUAUAUAUAAUUAUCUAUUUACUAGAGUAUAUCUUCUAUAUUUAACUGAUUGCUCCAGUAAUUUAAUUGGCGGCAAAGUUAGAUGGGUAUCUUAACUGCAGUGCAAGUUAAACCAGCAUGAUUGUUAUGUUUACCUCAUGGUAAAUACUGUAAUGUUAAAAAAAUGUGCAAGCUAGUAAGUUUUCAACAUUUUACAUAAUUGUUUUUCAUAGAAGUUCUUAAUAUUUAUAUAAUUUAAAUUUUGUUAGUCUAUAGUGUGCUACAAUUGUAGAAUGUCCCCUAUCCUCUGCUGUGUUUGUGAGACGAAAAACCAUUGGAAGCACAAGUUGUUGUAUGCUUGGAGCAUACACAUUAAUACACAUACCACUUUAAAUUACUACACUACUGCCUUUAUAAACUAUAUAUUGUUUUAUUAUUAUUGCAAUUAUACAGUAAGAAUUUUUAUUUUUGAAACAUUUUUAUCUCAUGACUGUCUAAAAAGGCACCAGUAUACUGUGUAGCCAUGUGUUAGAGUCCUCUUAGGUAGCUAAAGGUUUAAAAGAAAUUAACCACCCAUAAUGCUGCAAAUAUUAACAGUUUUAAAAAAAAAACUUUUUAUGAUGUGUUAGUAAAUUUAUACAUGUAGUUUACUUUACUCUUAAAAAAUAUUUUAUACUUAAAAAAAAUACAAGUCCUUAGCCACAGUAGUCAUAAAGUUGAAGUAGAUUCUAGACAUUUUGAAUUUAAGCACUUUAACUCGAAUAAUUGCUUAUUCAGGUGCCUCUACAGGAUUGAACAUUUUAACAGUUAAAGGGUGACUGACCUAUAUUUACUUCAGUCUUGUAAAAGCCACAAUAUAAUUUAUAUAGCAGUCUGAAUAUCUUCUUUAGUUUCUAUUUUAUUAGAAUUAUUAGAAUGUGACAUAUUUCAUAAUCAAAAUUAAACUUUCAUGUUUCAAACAAAGGAUGCAAUUGUAAACCACUUUCCAGUAUACUAAAACUAUCACAUUUGCUUUGUUCUUUUGAUAUCCUUUGCUGAAGAGUAAUCCUAGUAGGUUCAGGAGUAUGAAUCAUGAACGUUUAAUUUUAACUUUACUGUCUCAGAUUUCAGCUUUACAAAUAAUAUGACAAACAUGUCUUUAGCAAAACACUGGAUUUUCCAAAGGGGAAGUUGCUAUUAAAUUCGUAUUAAUAAUAUUAAAAACCAAUAAACAAGCAGACAAUUUUUAUGAAUAAACACAUAAGCAAAAGCAGUUUCAUGAAAUAUCAAGUAAGAUACUGUGGUUUUGAUUCCUCCACAAAUUAAUAUUAAUGGAAAAAUAUUUUAAUAGGCAAAUUGUAUUUAUUUAAUUAGUUGUAACAACUUGUUUAUCAAUUAAAUGUAAUCCCUUGUAUGGCUGUGCCAUAUUCUAUACAGAUAAAGGAUUUAAAUAAGCCUGAAAUGUAGUGUUAGAUCAUAUUGUAUCCCCUAUUCACCUUCACAUAAGUAAUAUCCCUAAUAUUAUCAUUUCAAUUUCCCGUUUUGACUUUGAAGAGUGAAAAUGUAUCCGUGUGAUUACGUUGCUAAUCUGAUCUCUGGUAUUUUACUUCAUUUACAACAAAUUCUGCUGAGAAACAGAAAUGUAUGAAAGCAUUUAUUGUCAGCACAAAGCCUUAAAAAAGCUGCUGACUUCAAGUUACCCAGGACAGUCCUAUGAUACCCUAUCAUUAUUUUCAAAUACUGGCAGUGUCUAUGAAGUAUGGAGAAAACCACAGCAUAUAAUCCCAGUCGCUACAAAACACCUCUCUUCUAGCAUUUCCCUAAAUAUGAUUUAUUAAAUUAUUGCUCCCACAUACAGUUUAGCAAUAUAUUAUUUAAUGGCAGGUUACUAGAAGGUUCUUUAAAUAAGAAUUUUGCCCUUUUUUGAUCAAACUUUUUUAAAAACUGACACUUUAAAUUAUACAUAAAUAUACGAUAUUUGUGGACCCUUCAGGGAAUAACUAAAUAAAGGUGUUUAACCUGUGUGUGUCUUAAGGGGGCAAAACGUAACUCGUUUACUAUUUGUUUAGCACAUUCAAAUGAGUUAAGCACAUAAGUAAAGUCAAAAAUGCAAAAAUUACAUGGUCUACCAAAUGAGAGUAUGUAAUCUUUGCAUGUGAAUCAAUCUUUAAGAAAAGGUCUAUAAUGUAACUGACAACAUUAAUCUAGUAUUUCUUAACCCCAGUAAAAUCUGUUUAAAAUUAUAAUAUUUAAUUUGCAAAACCAAACUCUGUUCUGUAUAUCAAGUAAAGGUUUUUAUUCAUCCUAUGUAAGAAUCUAAGAUAUUGCAAUUUAUCACACCUAUAUAUUAAAGGGACAUUAAACACUAAAUAAAUGAUAGAUAAAAUGAUGCAUUCAAAGAAAAGAUUAGUCUUAGAAUAACAUGUAGAUGUAUUUUUUAAAGUGUCAUUAGCUGUUUAAAUAGUGACAAAAUAAGUCUAAAGUUUUAGUGUCUAUAAAACAAUGGGAGCUGCCAUGUUGUAACUUAGGUUACCUUCUCUGCUGUGGCCAAUUAGGGACAGUUAUAAAUAGGUCACUAGAAUGUGCAGCCAAUAGCUGUGUGGAAUAUAACCGUUUUUUGCACUGCCAUUUCCAACAGGAACUGAAAAGUUUACAAUUUCAGAAUGGAAUUACAGGAAAAGAGGACAAAAUAAAGAAAGAAAGUAUAUUGCAGAGUUUUUUUAUAUAUAUAUACGAAUUAUCAUUUUAUAUUACCAUCUCAAAGUGUUUAAUGUCCCUUUAAGGAUCUACUGAUAAACACUACAAGAGAGGUCAUGUUAUCUUGCAGAAAAUAAAUGAGGGGACAAAACUUCAAGGUCUAGAUCAAUGAUGCCCAAGUCCAGCCCUAAAUCCACUUCUAUGUUUUGUGAAGGAGACAGAUGAUACCAACACAUUUAAGUAGGCUACACUCAUGAUGAUUUUUUGAUAGUUUUUUUUUUUUAUAAAAAGAGCAACACCAGAACAAGGGGUCAUGAUCUCAUGUUGGAGGGACAGUAGGUGUUUUGCAUGAAAGUAUGUUUAGCUCAGAUACAGGUAGUUGGAAAAUAUAAAGUAAAGGAACUCAAGGUCCCUUGCCCACUGUGCCUUUGAGGAAUGCAAUUGCUUAUCAACUGAUGAUGCCCAUGCCAUCUAAAACAUUUAUCUGGGGUCAACUGUACAAGUAAUUCAAAGGAUAAUUGCCUGGUAUUUCAGGGUUGGGCUGUUCUUUUGGAUGGUACCAGACUGAUAUACUACAAUACAAUUAUUUUCUAUGAAAGGCACAACAAGUGGGCUUAAAAAGUCUGUAAUCUGGAUCAGUACUAUCCCAUAGGGUAUUGAUUUUCAAACCUGUCACCAAGCCUCCCUAACAGGCCACAUUUUGAGGAUAUCUGAACUAGAACACAGGUGGAAUAAUCAGCUGAUUAGUAAAUAUGGCUAUUUCACCUGCUCUCAUCCAAGGUAAUACUGAAAACCUGGCCUGUUGGGGAGGCCUGAGGACAGGUUUAAAAACUAGUGCCAUAGGGCAAACUGUAACAGCUUUGUCUGUUCAAAGUUGAGCACCGCUUCCUUCUUGUUUUGUGGGGGAUUUAAAGGGCCACUAAACCCAAAAUCUUUCUUUCAUGAUUCAGAUAGAGAAUAGAAAUUUAAACAACAUUACAAUUUACUUCCAGUAUUUAUUUUGCUUCAUUUUUUAAAUAUCCUUAGUUGAAGAAAAAGCAAUGCACAUGGUGAGCCAAUCACACGAGACUUCUAUGUGCAGCAACCGAUCAGCAGCUAGUGAGCAUAUCUAGAAAUGCUUUCAUCAAAGAAUAUCAAGAGAAUAAAACAAAUUAGAUAAUAUAAGUAAAUUAGAAAGAUGUUUAAAAUUGCAUUCUCUUUCUAAAUCAUAAAAGAAAAAAUGUGGGUGGCCUGUCCCUUUAAGAAUACCUGAGAUAUACAUACGACUGUCCUGUGGAUUAGUUACGUUUACAUCUCAGAUAGGAAUAUAGACUGAAAAGAUGGACUUUCUGGUUCUUAUCUGCUGUCCAAAAGCAAUGUUCUGCUUUUUUGCCCAGCUGUGAAAAAUCCUUAAACCAGAAACGAUGGCAGUUUUUGAGAACUGGAUUUCACACCCCUGCUCUAGAUCUUUGUGAGAAUAUUUUUUUUUCAGAUAGAAAGAGAACAAAGAAAAAUGAAUAGGAGUAAAUUAGAAAGUUGCUUAAAAUGUCAUGCUCUAUCUUUAUUUUAAAAGCAGGAAUGUAAAUCUUAGCAGCCAGCCCAUUUUAGGUUCAGCACCAUGGAUAGCGCUUGCUUAUUAGAGGCUUACAUUUACCCACCAAUAAGCAACCAUAACCUAGGUUCUCAACCAAAAAUGGGCCGGCUCCUAUGCAUCACAUUCCUGGUUUUUAAACAAUGAUAGCAAGAGAAUGAAGAAAAAUUGACAAUAUGAGUAAAUUAGAAAGUUACUUAAAAUUGCAUGCUCUAUCUGAAUCGUGAAAGAAAAAAAAUUGGGUUUAGUGUCCCUUUAACCAACUCAAGUUUUAAUUAAAGUUUUUUUUUGUGUGUUAACUUCUACAGGGUUCUAGACAUUUAUGUAGACACUAAAGUGGCAUUUCUGGAAUUGUGGCACAUACUAAAUAAUUACUUUUCCCCUACAGUGCAUCUGACAGAUUGUUAAGCUUGUCACAAAUCUACAUUCAGUCCCAUAUUUUCCGUAAUCAUAAUAAUGCAAGGAAGUACAGUAUCCCAGUAUAUACACACAUCAACUUAAGCUUGUGACAUGUGCCUCUAGAUAUGAAUUACACCAGCAAAUCAGAAGAAAAGAAAUCCUUUAAUAUACCGCCUUUCCCAUUUCGCAGCACAAUUUUUUUUUUUUGCGUGGCUUAUUUAUUGCAUUUUUAUGAACUUUUGUUUGUUUCAGCUGCAAUAAACACUACAUUUUGUGGGCUGUUAUAAAUAGCUAUGCAUAUUUUAUGUAUUUUUAAAAUUAAAACAGGGAACAACAGUUUUUAAGAAAAUACAUUUUUUAGAACAGUUUGAUAACACAAUAAUAUUUUCCUCCAUUGUUUGAGCAGCACCUAAAUUUGUAAAUUCUUUGAAAUUCUUUUUUUAUUGUGCAAAAUUUUCAUUUUUAGUGUAAGAAUAUAGGGAUAGGAAAAAAGCAAUA